GGGAGUGACAUGCUAUGGGUGGCCUAUUUGGGAACUGCUGGGGACAGUUUAGAAGGAGACUUUGAUAAUACCCUGGAAAGGGGGUCGGGGGGCUUUAAUGUGGCUUGGCCAGAAGGCUGAGCCACAAAGAGGAAAGUGUUGCAGCUCUGGGAGCCUGAGAGAGGCCACGGAGUGAGCGAGUGAGACGAUGGUCUGAACAAUCACAGGGCAGCUUGUCAAGCCGCGUGGCGAGCGACUCCCCAGAUGGGCCUUAACGAGAAGUCAGAGCGGCUACAGCCUGGCAAAUCUAUACGGCACCUUCAAAAUGCUAGACCAGGAAGAUGCAAGUAGGCAGCUUGGAUAACACUUGAAAGAAUGGCAAAGGCUUUGCCGUGAGGAAGAAUUUCCCUGCUGAGCUCCUAUUGCCAAAGGAUAUUUACCUGGCGCCCUGACAAGAUCUUCUAGAAAGACCCCUUCCUCCCUGCUUGUAUAUGGCAAAGUUUCUCGCAGAGCUCCUGGGCUGCACUUUGCCGGACAAGGGCACCUCUUCCAUGUUUGAGUCCAGAAGUCAGUCCCGUAUUGGCCUGAAGCAAAGCACCAAGCAGAAGACCACAACUUUCAGCACCUUGGCCAAUGAGAAGUCCGUAUCUGACCGCAAAUGGGGUGCCUCCGGUGGUGUCUUGCUGCCGUCACGUCUGCUCCGGACCUGCAUCACCUCCAAGAUCGCAGCGUCCUCUUCAGGACAUAGCCAAUCCGGGGGAACAGGCCGACUGCAGCCCAAGGUUCUAGCCACUUGCCUCACUGGCAAACUGGAACCCUUCACUGGCCACACCCCUCGGUGGAAAAUGGGGCGAGGGAGGAGGAGACCUGGGCUCACCCACUGCUCCGCGUCCCGACCCAGGGACCCUCUAGGCAGCAGCCAUGUGCUGCAUCUCCUUCAACUCCCGCUGUCUGUUUCCCUGGGCCACUUCCCUGUAGCCCUAGCACCUUCUCUGCCCCAUAUCAGGGCUUCGGUCUUUCAGCCAGUCAGGCUGGAGCACCCUCUCGUUCCCCACUCAGCACUCCUCUGUCCAGGGGGCUGGCGGUUCCCUCAGCCCGUCAGGAACAGAGUCCUUUCUCCCUGGACUCCCAAGAGGGAACUGCCCUGCCUUUAUAUAUGGGCCUGCUCUACCCUUAUUGGCUGCUCAUCGCAGCCCCUCUUCGAUUGGCUGUCUGCUGCGCAGCCUACCCAGGAUUGCUUUUAACCCUUUCUCCACCAGUGUAGGGAAGACACCCCAUCACAGUCUGGAAAAGGCAGACUUUUCAUUGGCUAUCUGUUUGUGAAGGUUUUAUGAAUGAG